GGUAUAUUUAUGAACGGAGAUUUUAUAAUCGGAGGGAUUUUUACCAUCCAUUACUACACCAGAUCCGAGCAGAUGACCUACACAAGGCUUCCAUCUCAGCUGCAGUGCUCCGGGAGCAUGGACUACAGGGAGCUGCGCUUUGCCCGUGCCAUGGAGUUCACCAUCCACGAGAUCAACAACAGAACCGACCUCCUCCCGGGCAUCGUGUUGGGGUACCAGAUCCACGAUUCCUGCUCUACGGUGCCCAUGGCCAUCAAAGUCGCUUUUCAGCUCGCGAAUGGUUUCGAAAGCGCUUUUAAUGACUCUGAUUUGUGUUCAGAAUCGACACGCGCUGCUGUAACCGCCGUCAUCGGGGAUUCUCCCUCCACUCCGUCCAUCAGCGUAGCCAGAAUGCUCGGCCUGUUCGGAAUUCCGCAGGUGAGCCACUACUCGACCUGCGCGUGUCUGAGCAACAGGCGCCAGUUCCCGACAUUCUUCAGGACCAUACCCAGCGACCAACACCAAGCCGCCGCGCUGGCGAAAAUGGUCAAACACUUCGGCUGGACGUGGAUCGGAGCUGUGCGCAGCGACACCGACUACGGAAACAACGGCAUGGCGUCCUUCCUGAAGGCCGCGCAAGAAGAAGGGAUCUGCGUGGAGUAUUCGGAGUCCUACUACAGGACGCAACCCCGCAGUAAACUGGAGCGAGUGGCCGACGUGAUCCGCAGGUCGACCGCCCGCGUCAUCGUGGCGUUCACGCACACGGGCGAGAUGCGCUUCCUCCUGGAGGAGCUCGCCCGAGUGCCACCGCCUCCUCUCCAGUGGAUAGGAAGCGAAACCUGGAUCACAGAUCCUGAUUUUCUGAGAUAUAACAUCUGUGCCGGGGCGAUAGGGUUCGGCGUCCCGAAGUCUGUUAUUCCAGGAUUCCGGGAGUUUCUGCUGGAUCUCAGUCCAGAUGAGGCUUUAAAAUCGCCUCUGUUAACAGAAUUUUGGGAGAGCUCAUUUAAUUGUAAGUUUAAGGGGCAGACGGGCACCUCUGAGGGCACACGGGAAUGCGAUGGCACUGAGGACAUAAGUACACUACAGAAUCCGUACUUGGACACGUCUCAGCUGCGUGUUACGAACAUGGUGUACAAGGCAGCGUAUGCUAUAGCGCACGCCCUCCAUGCUCUUAUUUGUAAUGACACACGAUGUAAUAAAAGCAUCAAAUUUUCUCCCUGGCAGAUCCUCGACCAGCUCAAGCGAGUGAACUUCACCACCAAGAACGGUUUUCAGGUCUCGUUCGAUUCCAGCGGAGACCCUCCGGCCCUCUACGAGCUCUUAAACUGGCAGUUCGUGAAGGACGGCACUUUGGAUUUCGUGACCGUGGGUCAGUACGACUCGUCCAGGCCGAGAGGACAGGAGUUUAAAAUGAGCAGGACCAUCAGAUGGGUGGGAGGACAGAGCGAGGUCCCGGUGUCGGUGUGCAGUGAGAGCUGUCCUCCAGGAACCAGGAAGGCCGUCCAGAAGCGACGACCUGUUUGCUGUUUUGAUUGUAUACCCUGCGCUGAAGGAGAGAUCAGCAACAAAACAGAUUGUUUGCGCUGCCCUCCUGAGUUCUGGCCCAAUCCUAAGCGAGACAGCUGCCUCCCCAAACCCGUCGAGUUCCUGUCCUGGGACGACACCCUCAGCAUCAUCCUGACCGUGUUCUCCAUCGCGGGGGCCGUCAUGGCUGUGUGUGUUGCUGCUGUUUUCUACAGACACAGAACGUCUCCCAUAGUCAAAGCCAACAACUCUGAGCUGAGCUUCCUGCUGCUCUUCUCUCUGACUCUGUGUUUCCUCUGUUCACUUACUUUCAUCGGUCAGCCUUCUGAUUGGUCCUGCAUGCUGCGCCACACAGCGUUCGGGAUCACCUUCGUCCUCUGCAUCUCCUGUGUUCUGGGUAAAACAUUAGUGGUGUUGAUGGCGUUCAGAGCGACACUUCCGGGCAGUGACGUCAUGAAAUGGUUUGGGCCUCCACAGCAGAGACUCAGUGUUCUUGCUUUUACUUUAAUUCAGGUCAUUAUUUGUGUUCUUUGGUUAAAAAUCUCCCCUCCGUUCCCCUUUAAAAAUCUACUAACAUACAAGGAAAGAAUCAUACUGGAAUGUGGAUUAGGAUCAGCUGUGGGUUUCUGGGCUGUUCUGGGUUAUAUCGGGAUUUUGGCUCUUCUGUGUUUUGUUUUGGCUUUUCUGGCUCGGAAGCUGCCUGAUAAUUUUAAUGAAGCUAAAUUUAUCACCUUCAGCAUGUUGAUAUUCUGUGCAGUUUGGAUCACUUUUAUUCCAGCGUAUGUCAGUUCACCUGGUAAAUUUACUGUAGCUGUGGAGAUUUUCGCUAUUCUGGCCUCAAGUUUUGGUUUGAUUGUUUGUAUUUUUGCUCCUAAAUGUUUUAUAAUCGUGUUUAGGCCUGAGCAGAACACCAAGAAGCACCUCAUGGGGAAAACUUAAUUGAAUGCCUUUAUAAAAUAAAUAAAUAAAAAAUACUAAGAAUUUUAUAUCAGCUUAUAUACUUGUUUGUAUGAGAAUAAAAAUAAAUGUGUUUA